UAUGAAACCCUUUCUUCGUGAAAAAUCCUACAUGAUGAAAAAGGAGCCAACGUGGCAUAGAUCUAUUGGUUAAUGUGACGCCGUAGUGAACAGUAUACUUUUGAACGUCGGCGAGAUAAAGCUGGGGAGCAUAUCCAGAGGCGGGCUAACGAACAGAGAUUGAAUGCUCCAUGGCAGCUCGUAAGAGAGCUUCUUCUGUGACCGAUUCGGCGGCGGACGAUAAGCCCCAUAAGAACCCUUCUUCCGGCGAGGAUUUCCGACUCUCGCCGCCGAAAUUGGGCGCGAUCCUCGCGAUCUCUAUCCUCCUGUUCCUGCCCUAUCUCUACCUUCUCUGUUUCCACUACAGGGUUGAUAACGAGCUCAAGCGAUCGAUCCUCAUCAAUGCGGGGCUUAGCCUGGUGGGAUUCUUCGUCACCCUCAGGAUGAUCCCCGUCGCUGCCAGAUACGUUCUGAGGCGAAGCAUGUUUGGUUUUGAUAUCAACAAGAGGGGCACUCCUCAGGGAGAAAUCAAAGUGCCUGAGUCAUUGGGUAUUGUUGUCGGCAUUGUCUUCUUGAUCGUUUCAAUAAUAUUUCAGUACUUCAAUUUCACAGAAGAUUCGAUUUGGCUCGUGGAGUAUAAUGCAGCGCUAGCAUCUAUUUGCUUCAUGAUUUUACUUGGAUUUGUGGAUGAUGUCCUUGAUGUACCUUGGAGAGUGAAACUCGUCUUGCCAUCUUUUGCUGCGCUUCCGCUGCUGAUGGCAUAUGCUGGACACACAACUAUCGUUAUUCCGAAACCUCUAGUUUCAUACAUUGGCUUGGAAGUUCUUGAUCUAGGAUGGAUGUAUAAGUUAUAUAUGGGGCUCCUGGCCGUCUUCUGCACGAAUUCUAUUAACAUUCAUGCUGGUUUGAACGGCCUUGAAAUUGGUCAAACUGUUGUUAUUGCCGCUGCUAUUCUGAUGCACAAUGCAAUGCAAAUUGGAGCAUCUGCUGAUGCAGAGUAUCAGCAAGCCCAUGCCUUCUCUAUCUAUCUUACUCAGCCACUUAUGGCUACAUCCUUGGCAUUGCUUGCAUACAAUUGGUACCCGUCCUCAGUUUUUGUUGGAGACACUUACACUGUCUUUGCCGGAAUGACUAUGGCUGUUGUUGGCAUUCUGGGCCACUUCAGUGAGACGCUUCUCAUAUUCUUUCUCCCCCAGGUGUUGAACUUUCUAUUGUCCCUUCCCCAGCUUGCGGGCAUUGUGAAAUGUCCAAGGCAUCGUCUCCCAAGGUUUGAUCCUUCUACCGGAUUAUUAACGGGGACAAAGGAUGGUACCCUAGUCAACGUCUACUUGAGGAUAUUUGGUAGGAAGUCGGAGAAGUCUCUUUGCAUCCAUCUUCUCGUUUUCCAGGCUCUUGCAUGUGCGUUCUGUUUCCUGUUGAGACACUUCCUCGCUGGGUGGUACAAAUGAAUCUGCAAACAUGAGAAUGCUCCACUCGUGCAAUUUUCUUCGUCUCUGUUUGCCUUGAGAGUAGAUUUAGAAAGGGGGUUCAUUACAAAGUCAACACACAGAGGGUAUUUUGUUUUGUUUGUACCAUUUAUUAGCGAUGUAGUUUUUGUUAACUGACAAUAGGGUAACAACUGGGGUGGGGAAAAAAGCGAAGGUAUCUUUUGGAUUUUGAUGAA